AUGCCAAAGUGGUAUAUUUUAAAUAUACUGUGCAUGUCUCCUCUCCAAAUCUUCACUUUGGACGUUAACUCUGAAGGACACACGUUCACGCAAAAACAGUCACGAGCGUGCACGAAUAUACAGAGAGGGAGCCGUCCUCCAGAAGGCCAUCAGCAGCCAGCACACCGCCACACUGUUUCUACGUACGUGCAGUCACAGUGCAGGCAGGCAGAGGUUGUAAACAUGGCGGCGGACGGGAUGGUGCUUACCAACCACGACCAUCAGACCCGAGUGGGAAUUCUGACGGUCAGUGACAGCUGUUUCAAGAACUUGGCUGAGGACAGAAGUGGUGUGAACCUGAAAGACCUGGUCCAUGAUCCUUCACUGCUAGGUGGAGUCAUAGCAGCCUACAAAAUUGUUCCGGAUGAGAUUGAUGAAAUUAAGGAAACACUUCUGGAGUGGUGUGAUGAACAGGAGUUGAAUCUCAUUCUAACUACUGGAGGAACUGGAUUUGCCCCACGAGAUGUUACACCUGAAGUACACACAUGCAGACAUUUAGCCACCAGAGAGGUGAUAGAGCGAGAGGCCCCAGGAAUGGCUCUGGCCAUGUUGAUGGGAUCCCUUAAUGUUACACCGCUAGGCAUGCUUUCUAGGCCAGUGUGUGGCAUUCGUGGCAAAACUCUUAUAAUUAAUCUGCCAGGGAGCAAGAAGGGGUCUCAGGAGUGUUUUCAGUUCAUCCUGCCUGCUCUUCCUCAUGCCAUUGACCUGCUACGAGAGGCCACUGUCAGGGUUAAAUCUACACAUGCUGCCCUGGAGCAGCUACCCUCCCCUUCCUCUCUGCUGGCCAACACUAACAGCAACACUCACAUCAACACACACACCAUUGAACGUGGCACCCAGUGUGAAGAAGAGGAUGAAGAUGAUGAUCGGCGGACAGGACGACAUGUGCACAACCACCACCAUCACCAGCAUGGCUCUUCCCACAUCACUGCAGCUGCCAUUGCUGCCAAGACAAACCAUACUGUGGUCAUGGCUAAGGGGGGUCCCUAUCAACUAGGAAACACACCUGCCCCUCCUACUCAUUUUGCUUGUUCCUGUACCCAUGACCACCAGAUACCGGAUUCGAUCAUUUCUCGAGGCGUUCAGGUUCUUCCUCGAGAUUCUGCUUCUUUAAGCUCCACCCCUUCUGAGUCACCACGGGCGACACAGGCAACCUCCCGCCUUUCCACCGCCUCAUGCCCGACACCCAAGGUUCAGUCCCGAUGUGGGAGUAAUGAAAAUAUUCUGAGAGCCAGCCACAGUGCUGUGGACAUUAGUAAAGUGGCCCGUCGUCAUCGCAUGUCACCCUUUCCACUGACGUCAAUGGACAAGGCCUUCAUUACAGUCCUAGAGAUGACCCCUAUUCUGGGUAUUGAAGUCAUUAAUUACAGAGAUGGCUUAGGUCGAGUGCUAGCUCAGGACAUCUAUGCCAAAGACAACCUUCCUCCAUUUCCUGCCUCUGUUAAAGAUGGUUAUGCUGUACGAGCUGCUGAUGGCCCAGGAGAUCGCUUCAUCGUGGGAGAAUCACAAGCAGGAAAACAGCCCACUCAUACCGUUAUGCCAGGCCAGGUGAUGAGGGUGACGACUGGGGCUCCCAUUCCUUGUGGAGCUGAUGCUGUGGUCCAAGUAGAAGAUACAGAGCUGCUGAGGGAGUCUGAAGAUGGCACAGAGGAAUUGGAGGUGAGGAUUAUGGUGCAGGCUCGGCCCGGACAAGACAUCAGGCCAAUAGGUCAUGACAUCAGGCGAGGGGAGUGUGUGUUAGCUAAAGGAACACACAUGGGCCCAUCAGAAAUAGGCCUGCUGGCCACAGUAGGAGUCACAGAAGUCAGCGUGCACAAGUUUCCUGUGGUGGCUGUUAUGUCCACUGGAAAUGAGCUGUUGAAUCCAGAAGAUGACCUUCAUCCAGGGAAGAUUCGAGACUCCAACCGCUCCACCCUUCUGGCAACCAUCCAGGAACAUGGAUAUCCCACAAUCAACCUGGGAAUUGUUGGAGACAACCCUGACGACCUGCUGUCUGCUCUUCAUGAAGGAAUUAGUCGUGCUGAUGUUAUCAUUACAUCAGGUGGUGUGUCAAUGGGAGAGAAGGACUACCUAAAGCAGGUGCUGGAUAUUGACCUUCAUGCUCAGAUUCACUUCGGACGAGUCUUUAUGAAACCAGGUCUUCCUACUACUUUUGCCACAGUUGACAUUGAUGGAGCACGGAAACUCAUCUUUGCUCUCCCAGGUAACCCUGUGUCCGCAGUGGUGACAUGUAACCUGUUUGUGAUUCCUGCUCUGAGGAAGAUGCAAGGCAUACUGGACCCAAGACCUACUAUUAUUAAAGCUCGGCUUUCCUGUGAUGUUAAGCUGGAUCCCAGACCAGAGUAUCACCGCUGUAUUCUCACCUGGCAUCACCAGGAGCCACUACCCUGGGCACAGAGCACAGGAAACCAGGUAUCCAGCAGGUUAAUGUCAAUGCGUAGUGCCAAUGGCCUGUUGAUGUUACCUCCAAAAACAGAGCAGUAUGUCGAACUGCAUAAGGGUGAAGUUGUGGAUGUCAUGGUCAUUGGACGAUUAUGAUGCAGACAUCUGUGUCACUCAUUGCCAAUUACCAUGGCAGUGCUAGAACUUCCUGUCCGGAUAGAAAUCAGGCGGGGACCUGGUCGCCAUUAGCUGUGAUGUCAUAUGCAACAGUCAAUCGGAGCCAGCACAGGCUGAAUCCUUCUUGGUCUGCUUUGAGGAGAUCACUGUAUUUCAAUAGAGAGAAAAUAUGUAAAAAAAUUAGAUUUAUUCUGUAAUAUUAUUAUCCUAAUAAAAAUAUUAUUCAUAUUCUUAAUUAUUAUUCAAAUUAUUAUAACAAUAUAAAUUAAAUAUUCACAUCUUCGUAGUAGUCAUGACCUCCUCUGUCCUGUUCAUUUGCUUUGUGUGUUUGACAUCCUUCCCAAUUAGAUACAUAAAGAUGUAAAGAUUCCCACUGCUCUACCCACUCCAUAACACCAUAGCCUUAUCCCCCCCUUCCUUAAUCUUGCUCUCUUUCCAUUGCUUUAUCGUCUCUGACAAAUGUAGAUUCUCCUAACCCCUCCAUCCCUUACCACUUACAGUAUGUCACAAUGUCUGACAUCUCUGCAAAUAUUUAGUUAUAUCUUUUCUUACGACAACACUGCAUAAAUCACUCUUUGACACAAUGAAAAGUAGUCAGUGUAAAGUUUGCAUAGCAGUGUAAAUUAUUUUUUUGUCCCCUCAAAAUAACUAAAAGUACAGCCAAUAAUAGCUGAACCCCUGGCAAUAAAAGUGAGUACACCCCUAAGUAAAAUUGUGAAAUGUCAAUAUUUUAUGUGGCCACCAUCAUUUCCCAGCUUUAAACUUUCACUAACCAGGUUGAGUGUGAGAGUGGAAGAGCUUUUAUACCAAAUUUAACUCACCUGCUAUCUGGUGACACUUGACACUAAAAGGGGAAGGAAAAUGACUAAUUGUGCUCAAUUUGUACAUUUUGACUUAGCGUUGCAUUCUUUUUCGUUGCCAGGGGUUCAGGUAUUAUUGGCUGUAUUUCUAGUUAUUUUGGGGGGGACAAUAAAUUUACACUGCUAUACAAACUUUACACUGACUACCUUUCAUUGUGUUAAAGAUUAAUUUAUUCAGUGUUGUCCUAUAAAAAGAUAUAAAUAAAUAGUUGCAGAGAUGUGAAGGGUGUGCUAACCUUUGUGACAUACUGUAUAUACACUGGCCCCUAACAUCAGCGUCAACAGAUAUAUAAAACAAAAGCCUUGGAGGACAUUGUUUGAUCACAGUUGCUGAAAUAGAUUGUGCCAGUAAAUAUGAGUUUCUGCCAAAAGAAUUUAAAAGAUAGAAGUAUUUGUAUUUUUUUUUAUUCUGAUACAACACUUGUAUAUUACACUAAAAGUCAUAAUGGACCUCUGUGAAAACCAUGAAAGUUAUGUAGGUGAGUCUGUAGCAGAGCAAGAUGAGGCAGGAAUAAAAUCGUAAUCUGCUGGAUUUCAUAACCAUACCAUUAUAUUAUGUUCUGUAAUGCCUUUUAUUAUCUGUAGUGAUAAGGAAAACCUCCUUUUGAUAUGGCAGUAUCAGGCAUGCUUCAGAGUAUUAGCCAGACCUGCAUUGAAAUAGUGUUUAAAUGUGUUUUUCAUAUUGCUAAAUCUAUUAAAAAUAAGACCGACUUUAGUUUCAUGUUUUUCAUGUUGUUCAUAGCAAAAGAUUUUACAGCCAUCAACAGACCAAAGCCAACCAAAGACUUACUUAUCCUUUUUGUGUCUCUCAACCAUAAGCAAUGUGGUUUAUUUAAGCUGGAAAUGUUUAAAAUAGUUUGAUAUUUCAAAAGUAAAUAAUAAUAAUAAAAAUAUUUAGUAAAGUACUACGCCUUAUUUGUUGCUCUAAUGUGGCCUGGUAGCUCGGUCGGUAGAGCAUUGGCCUGGGAAGUAGAAGGUUCCAGGCCCCACUUGUGGCACCAGGUGUGUCCUUGAACAAGACAUUUCCAAGCUCCCAGGGCGCCGCACUGUGGCUGCCCACUGCUCUGCUCGGCAUGGGUAAAAAUGCAGAGAUGAAUUUCCCUAAUGUGGGAUCAAUAAAGUUCAAUUAAUUAAUGAGUAUGUUGGCAGGUGUAUGGUGUAUAGGAGAGUGCAUGGAUAUGUAAUUUUAGCUCACAACUGUUUUGAUAUAUUGCAUAUUGAUUGGCAUAUAGUAAUUAAAAAUACAUACAGUACACAUGCACAAGCUGGUCAUACAGUAUGUUGUAUUUGUUAGUCCGGUCUGUUUUUGGUUGGUUUUGGUCUUUUCAUGGAAUUUUUUUUUAUUUUAAAAUAUUGUCAUCAAAUGUGGAGCCCCAAUAAGAAGCCCCCUUCUUAUUUUUUCCAGGUUAUGUAUGUACAUGAAGGAAAGAAGCUGAACGUUUUGUCAUUUGAAAGCAAUGUCUCACAGUCAGGUGCUCAUAAAACAACUGGGGCCUAAUGUACAAAGACUUGCGUAGAUUUUAUACUAAAUUUGACUUAAAUUCAAAUCCAGAAAACUGCCUAAGUACAGAUGUAUCAACGUCCCCUAAGUAGAGAUAUACACAUGUUUCCUUUGUACUUACCAAUCAAAGGAUAAUUGAGCACAAGUGAAUAAGUAGCAGGUUCUGCCUGUGACAUGCCUCCGUAUAAAUAUGUUAAUUCUUUUAAAUACAGACACAGCGAGCGUCGUGUGUUAAUGCUGCAGGUUCCGCACCAAAGCGUCACUAAAACAGGCAGAAGUGAAGGAGAAGACACUGUGUUCAGCUAGUAAUAUGAAUUCUCUACAUUAAACCACCGACUAAUACUGAUGCUGAAGACAGGAUGUACUUUGGUUGCGCACAGGUUCUAUGCGCAACAGGAAUUAAUAUUAAGGCCGUUAAAUUAUUUACUGACCAAGGAGCCACCGAUCUGGUACCAGCUUCAAAUCUGAUACAAUGAAUGGAUCAUCGUUAAACCAGGCAACUCGCAACAAUGUUGCUGACUGUAGCUACAUUUGUGCAUUACUUAUUAUUUGUACACUGAUGAAAUAAAAAUAUUUCCUGUUGA